CAGUUGCUUGCUAGGGUUUGAGUUACAAAAAUAAUGAGGAAAUUUCCCAGCCGCAUACCUGAUAUUAUUGAUGGAUUGCGUAAAGACUGCUAGAGAAAUAUUUAAAAUAGGGAGAGUGUAAGGUGGUUCUUAGCACUCAAUACGAGGACAUCCUACGUUAAGAUUGCUAAAAAUCUUGACAUGAAGAAUAUUUUGAAAGUGAAUUAUUACAAGCUGGGUGUCCUUUUGGAUUUGGAUUGUCAUAGUAGCGACAUCAUUUUCCAACAGGUAAAUUACGAACCAAGGCCGGAUUUUCAUACGUACUUGACAACUCCUGUCGAUAGACAUUUAGACAAUAUGCACAGAUUUAAUUACAAUCUGGUUCUUCAAUUGAGGGACUAUUAUAAUUUUUCAAUGCAUCUCACACGUGCUACUUCAUGGGGAUACUUAAUAAAUGGCACUUUUAAUGGUAUAAUCGGUGAUAUGAUCAAAGGAAUUGUGGAUAUUGGGGUUACUCCUUUCAUGUUUAAGUCAGAAAGAAUUGAUGUUUGUGAAUAUACUGUUCAAUCUUACUUUGCUAGGGCGGCUAUCAUUUUUCGACACCCGAAAACGAAUGAUAUAAGAAAUAAUUUCUCAAAACCUUUUACUGAAGACGUGUGGUGGAUAAUUGCGAUUACGGUCGUUAUUUAUUGGGGCAUGGUGUAUUUUAUUACAAAAUUCGAGAAAAAAUAUAUUGAAAAAAGCCGCAGAAAAACCAAUUAUCCCGCCUUGGAUAGUUUAAUGAAUGUCCUGGCGGCGGCUACUCAGCAAGAUUCUACCGACUUACCCACUUUUUAUUCCGGUCGCAUCGCCUUCCUUUCAUUAUUUGUGUGGGGUCUUUUGAUUAACCAAUUCUAUUCCGCUUCUGUAGUGGGAUUCCUACUCUCGGAACCAACUCGAUUUAUUAACACUUUAGAAGAUCUUGUUAAUAGUAAUCUUGAAGUUGGAAUUGAAGAUAUGGCAUACAAUUAUGACGUAUUCGCUACUACAACUGAUCCAGUCGUUAUUAAUCUUUACCACAGGAAAAUAGCAGCCGACAAAAAAAGAAAGAAAGCGAAUUUUAUGUCAGCUAUCGAAGGUUUGGAAAAAGUUCGGAAGGGAGGCUUUGCUUUUCAAGUCGACGUUGCGACAGCUUACAAAAUAAUCGACGAAACUUUUAAGGAAGAAGAAAUAUGCGAGUUGGCAGAAAUUACACUCCUUCCAGGAAAACACACUUCAACUGCAACUGCAAAACAUUCUCCUUUCAAAAAAAUGGUUACCUAUGGACUUAGACAAGUAAUUGAACAUGGAACAGCAGAACGCCUUAAGCAUGUUUGGCAACAUAAGCGACCAAAAUGCCCAGAAAGUCAUAGUUCAAAACCAACACCUGUACCACUGACUGAAUUUACUCCUCUAAUAUUUUUAUUAGUUUUGGGCUCUAGUGUUUCUGCAAUUAUCAUGCUCGUGGAAAAUUGUAUUCGACAGUAUAGAGCAAAGCACCGAUUGUCGUUAAAGAAGAUUCUACAGCAUACUUUUUACAGGUCGAAGAUCAUUAUUCAAUUACCUAUAUCCAAUGAUGUAAUAAGUUCCAUAAACUUCUUUGCAUGAUCAUGUAAAAUCAAAUAUGGGUCUUCAAAUUGGUCAAUAAUAGCAUGGAAGAUGUACAAAUAUCAACCUAUUUGAAAGAGUCAGAAUAUUGAUAAACAGGAAUAUUUAAUAGAGAACUGAAAAAUAGCAAAGUGCACUACUAAUAUAAAUCAAUUAAACAUUUAGAAACCAA